AUGGUCGACGAAGCCACCAAGCGCACUUUGGCAGCAAUACCCUUGUUAAAAACGCGUGCUGGCCCUAGGGAUAAGGACCAAUGGGUUGGACGAUUAAAGGAGGAAUUAGUCAGUUUAAUCAAGUAUGUCGAAAAUAACAAAAAACAAGAUAACGAUUGGUUUCGCCUGGAAUCCAAUAAAGAAGGCACAAGAUGGUUUGGCAAAUGUUGGUAUGUACAUAACCUGCUAAAAUAUGAAUUCGACGUUGAGUUUGAUAUUCCUGUUACAUACCCGGGAACAGCGCCAGAGAUAGCACUGCCAGAGUUGGAUGGAAAAACAGCAAAGAUGUACAGAGGAGGAAAAAUCUGUUUAACGGAUCAUUUUAAACCCUUGUGGGCAAGAAAUGUACCCAAAUUUGGCAUUGCUCACGCAAUGGCCCUAGGCUUGGGGCCGUGGUUAGCUGUUGAAAUUCCGGACUUGGUAGAAAAAGGAAUAAUUGUUCAUAAAGAGAAGACAUCAUCAGAAUAACUACCGUUC